CUUCUUUCAUCCGUUCGGAUCUCGGGCUAUCUUUAAUCCACGUUGCCCGCGCUAGUCCUCAGAUGGUCAUAUUAGACGACACGUGACCACACAACGAUUUUAACCGUCAACCGAGUUCCACCCACACAGAAUUUCUUCCAUCUUGCAAGGUUAAGGAAGACAACUUGUCGAGGUGAGUUGGACGCCCCAACACCCAUGCGCUUCAGCACUAGAGAUGUCGAAAGAAAAUGCCACCAUUAUGCGCUCACUUCGGCCGACGUUCUCUUUUGCUCGCGCGCACUGAAAUUUCAAAUUCCAGCUGCUAACCUCCCACCGCCAGGCCUUCAUCAAGAUGCAGAUCUUCGUCAAGACCCUUACGGGUAAGACUAUCACCCUUGAGGUGGAGUCCUCGGACACCAUCGACAACGUCAAGUCCAAGAUCCAGGAUAAGGAGGGUAUCCCCCCUGACCAGCAGCGCCUGAUCUUCGCUGGCAAGCAGCUCGAGGAUGGCCGCACUCUUUCGGACUACAACAUCCAGAAGGAGUCCACCCUUCACCUCGUGCUCCGCCUGCGUGGUGGUGGCAAGAAGCGCAAGAAGAAGGUCUACACCACCCCUAAGAAGAUCAAGCACAAGCACAAGAAGACCAAGUUGGCCAUCCUGAAGUACUACAAGGUUGACGGCGAUGGCAAGAUUGAGCGUCUGCGCCGCGAGUGCCCCUCCCCCGAGUGCGGUGCCGGUAUCUUCAUGGCUGCCAUGCACAACCGUCAGUACUGCGGCAAGUGCCACCUCACCUACGUCUUCGACGAGUCCAAGUAAAUGGACCCCGUCUAACCGGGAGGUUUCUGUUAUCGAGUUCGGGCAUGGGUUAUUCUAGGCAUGAUACGAGUUAUGGAAAUCUCACGAUAGAUGAUACGGUUGAAGGGCACCUACCUUAGGAACCUUGACUACUGUGAAUACAAAAAAAACUCACACCAAAACCUGGCUUCUGC